AUGCCUAAAAUACCGUAUAAAGCCGAGAAAUGCCAGGACAAUGAUGAUGAUUACGAGAUUGUCUCGUUCGAAGAUUUCUGUGACAAGUCGCCAGGUUCUAAAACCGAUUUGUUAACUCUUAACGACAACAUAAACUAUCGCCUUUAUUAUGAGAGUGAUAAAAACUCUAACAGCGCAGAAACGGGUGAACCUUCGACACGUAAUGUCGGUAUGCACACAGAAACCUCGCUGAAUGGCCCAAAGAACGCUUCAUAUAAGAGGAAAUUGUCUUUUGCUCCUUUCGGCAAAUCUGACAAGACAACUCGUGGCGCUCUGUUUGCUGGAGUAAUACCAAGGCCUCGAAAUGAUGAGGAGACUCCAAAGGAACCCAGAUACGAGAGGUUUUCGCCCCGUCGAAGUUGGUACAGCUGGUGCUGGGACACGGCAGCCGACCUGUUCCCCGGUAUGGUGGCGACGGCUCUGUUCGUGGCGCUCGGCGUAGCAGCUUGGUGGGCGGUCGGCGGAGUGUUGGGCGGCAGCUGGGGCGAUGACCAUUACAGGAAACUGUGGGAGCGCGCUCAUCCUGGCGAUGUAAAAGUGCCAUUAUCGCCAGUCAUUGAGAAGGUUGUGCCAACGGAGAAUCGCUACCACGACCACAACAACCUGUCGACCAAGAACAAGAUCAACAUGGACGACAAGAAGAAGGACUACAACAAGAAGAGCGCAUACACGGAGCGGCCGCUCGAGGUGCUGAGGGAGAUGUGCGGCCGCGCCAGCGACGAGCGGCGCUUCGACUGCUACCCGCAGAGCGGCGCCAGCGAGGAGGCCUGCGCGCUGAGAGGCUGCUGUUGGAAGGCCAGCACGGUGUCGGGCGCGCCGUACUGCUUCUACCCGCCGCAGUACGACUCGUACCACUUCGUCAACAGCACGGAGACCAAGCACGGGCUGUGCGUGUACUACGAGCGCGGACGCGACGCCGGCUACCCGGGCCAGUUCAACACCGUCCAAGUGCUCUUCCACUAUGUCUCCGACGAUGUCCUGCAGAUCAAGGCGAAUCAAGGUGAGUACUGCUUCUGCCCGCCGCAGUACGACUCGUACCACUUCGUCAAUAGCACGGAGACCAAGCACGGGCUGUGCGUGUACUACGAGCGCGGACGCGACGCCGGCUACCCGGCCCAGUUCAACACCGUCCAAGUGCUCUUCCACUAUGUCUCCGACGAUGUCCUGCAGAUCAAGGCGAGUGCUGGAAUUGCGACCCUAGAAAACGCAUUGUUGGUCGACCCUCAGCAGGUGGACUGA